AAAAUGCAAAAACUCUGCACCUUGGCGCGGGUAACGAUCCCUAGUAUCAACAAAUAGGUAACACAAAUAUAAAUUAUGUCCUUAUUUGGAUGGCCCAAGGAUUUUAUUUUUAGCUUCUAAAAAGAAUUUGUGAUCUUAGUUUUUUUCUUCACCAAAUCUGAUCUUAAUUGUUGUUAAUUAUUCCAUAACACCAACUACUAUUGAAAAACAAGUCUGUAAACAAAGAUGUGUUACCAAAUUUAAUGUAUUCAAAUAGAAAGUGCCCAUCUGUUUAGGCAGAGAUUCGAUCAUCCGACCUCCUCAAAUAUCUUGUUUCGCAAUCUCACCCACAUGCUAUUUUCCUUUAAAUUAUCUGCCUCUGUCCAUCUCUUCUUUUCCAACCCACUUACUCUUCUCCUUCUCUUGUCUUCGUUGAAUUUUGGGAUCUUACACCACAGCAAAUAACAACACCGCCAACUAUAUAUUUGUCCUAUUUGUCCUUUUGGUUUUGAUCUUUGUAACAAUCAAUAAGGAAAGUUAAAGCUUGAAUCUGAAUAAUAAUAAUGGGAGACAAUGGAGGGAAAAGAACGCCGUCAAUGAAUCUUGCGGUUCAAGUGUCGAUGAGAGUGUUAGCCAUUGGCACCGCAUUGGCCUCCAUGGGGCUCAUGAUUACUAACCAUGAAGUUGCCUCUGUUUAUGGCAUUGCUUUUGAGGCUAAAUACAGCGACUCAUCAGCCUUUAGGUAUUUGGUGUACGCGGAUAUAGCUAUCUCCGCCUUGACAUUGUUCACGCUCGUAUGGGCUUGUUUAGCUGUCCGUAAACGUGGACUUGUUUUUGUACUCUUCUUUUUUGAUUUGCUUGCGACGUUGACGGCGAUGUCGGCUUUCUCUGCGGCCACAUCGGAGGGAUACAUUGGAAAGUACGGUAACACACACGCCGGUUGGCUUCCGAUCUGCGGUUAUGUACAUGGUUACUGCAAUCGUGGGACUCUCUCACUCGCUUUUUCCUUUGCCUCUUUUCUCCUCUUGUUCAUCCUUACUGUCCUAACUGCCUCCGCUGCUCGUCAUCACUGAAACUAUUUUCUUUACAUUUUAUAUUAUUCAAUUUCUAAUAUUCUUAAGAUUCUUCAAUCUUUCUUAUA